AUGAUGGACAGGAACUACCCGGCGGCGCCUGCUUUCCCCGACCCGCUGGCUUCUUCGGCCGCCGCCGCCGCCGCGUCUCCGCAGCCCGCCACCGCUUGGGCCUACGAGCGGGGCGCCAGCGGCCUCAAGCCCAGUUUAAGCUAUGGAGGAGGACAUCCAUCACACUCCGAAGCAGAUCUUCACAGACAAACAUAUACAACUUCUCAUCAGCUUCCUGCAUAUGCUACCACACCCCACCCAACUGGUCUUUCUGGAAUUUUUGACAACACUAUGCACAGUGGUAGUAGCAACACUAAAGAAACAUCCAUAAUGAAUUUUCUCACUGCUAUUGAUUCCCGAAACGCUCAAGCUGUUUCUUCAGGAACUACUCUAUUACCACAGUUCAGGGCUCCAACAUGGCAGCCAGGUAUACAUUCUUCAACAGCAGCUGAGCUUUUUGUUACAGGAGCUUUGCCAGCCUCUGGAACAUUCCCACCAGCAUCAGUUUAUCAACAUCCCUCCGCUUAUAGCAGUAGAAACUUUGCCACAACUCCCUCCCUAACUCUUCAAGAUGCAACUUUCAGCACAACAUCCAAUGGACUUCUAACUACCCAUGACCCUUUGUUGCAGAUCAAAGCAUCCCAAGGCACAAUUCCUACUGCACUGACAUUUGAGCGCCUGGGCAGUUCUGUGUUGAGUACCAGCAUCCCGCCUCAGUCUUCAACGUACCGCUCCGCUCAAGAGUCUGCAGCGCAUCUCUUGCAGCCGCAGUUUAGUUUGUUGCCUUCGUCACUUGGAGGAACUCAGCCGGCUCCACAGGUGUAUAGCUCAUCUCUGUUUACUGGUUCCACUGCCUCCAUUGAAAGAGCACUGCAGAGAGAAUGUAGUGUUAUCAAACACCACCAGCGGCCUUCCAGCACACAGUCUGCUCAGGCGCAACUGACUGGUUCGCAGCAUUCCUUACACAACUAUUUAUCAAGCGCGAGCGGAACUGAUUUUCCAGAUACAUCCCAGCAGUCAUCCAUUUCUUGUAGCCCAGUUGGCGAUGCUACUCAGGUGAGCAAUGGUGGACCACAGCAGAAGACCUCUCAAGUUUCAGUGGAACUUGCUCAGUCGUACACGUUUGCAAUUCCGUCACCUGGCUUCCCGUCCGUUUCCACUGCCGAGGCAAAACAGUGUUCUACAAAGCAGCCACCAAGGGUAACGGAGACCCCCAAGCCUCAAAGCAUAGCCCCUACUGUGCAGAUACAAAGCUAUUCCAAAACUGCACAGAGUCAGAGUUCUGUGAUAGCAGGCCAAGCACAAAUCUAUUCUACAGCACAGCUCCCCAGUCUCUUGUCAGUAAGCCAAUCGCAAAAUUAUAUUUCAACUCAGUCACAGAAUAUGCCGUCUGUUAGCCAUGCACAGGUAUUCCCAGCCAUUAAGGUUGAGAAGCUGCCUUCAUUGUACAAAACUCUUUCUUUUUCUGGGCAAUCACAAGCUAUUGCUUCUGAUAGCCAGACACUAAGUUAUUCUGAUCAACAGGUAUUAAGCUCAGUUGCAAAUAACAACUACUCUGGGCAAACAAGGGAUCUUUCUUCAGUCAGCCAGUCUCAAAAUUAUUCUUCUAGUCAUUCUCAGGGUUUGACGACAGUCAGCCAAUCACAAGUUAGUUAUUCAUCUCAGUCGCAGGAUUUGUCAGUUGUUAGUCCGUCAGAAACCUAUACUACAGGUCAGUCUUUAACGUUAACAUCACAAUCUCUUCCAUUUUCAUCCUCAGCUCAUGUUCAAAAUUUAUCAGCUUCUAGCCCUCCCCAGAGCUAUAUUUCUCUACAUUCUCAGGCACAAGAGUCAUCAUCUCCACCGUCUCAAAAGUUUUUGACAGUUGUCCAGUCAACUCCUUUUGCAAUGCCAGAUCAGUCACAAGCACUGCAGGACAGAUCUUCCUCAGAUACAAAAUCAUACAUGAAAAGGAAAUCGGAUCCUAAUUUGUAUCGGGUAUCAAAGCAAGACGAUCAUUUCCAAAUGCAAGAUUUGCAGGUAUUGCAGCAGCAAACAUCUCUCAAUUCUACCACUCAAAGAAUAACUGACGGUGAAGCUGACACUCAGGACAACACUUACAAAGUUUCCAAAGUGGAUAACCCUUAUUCUCAAAGUGUAAUCAGAAGUAACUCUCGCCUUGAAGAUCAAGUUGUUGGGCUUACUCUUCAGGGGUCAAAAAAAGAUGAGAGAAUGAUUAGCUCCGUGGGUCAGCUUACCCAACAAAUCAGCCAUAUCACAAACGUGGUAACCCAUGAUGUUAAAAAGGGAGCUAAUUUAAUGCAGACAACUCAAGUGAAUGUGGAUGCUAAAGAACUAAACCAGCAACAUUCUCUUCUGCAUAAGGUACAUGAAGCUAAAGCCUCAGAGCAGCAAGGUCAAAUUGUUAGCACAUCACCCCAGCUUCAUACACAGGCCAUAAGACAUGGCCAUCAGCUCUGCUUGUCCGGUGCUCAAGUUCUUCUAGAAUCUGCCUGUGACUUACAAAUGCUUCAGCCAUCAAUAUUGCAAUCUGGCCUGGGUACCACCAAAAUGUCUCCACAAGUGCAGCGCAUUCAGAGUCCUCAGCAGGUGACUCAUCAGUUUCUUCAGGUGGACAGUCACAUGGUUCAGAGUAACGGAGGACAUUCUCAACAGCAGCUUCAUCCUCACACUGCUGAAGUUAUCUGUGAACCCACAAAACCACUACAGCAGCACUUGGCAUCAAAAGAUAAUUUUGUGCAGCCAAACCAUGAACCUAAGAAUCAGUUUGUCUCCCUUAGUACUGUAUGUUUUCCAGAGUCCAUGCUUCUCAACGAUGAGAGGAAUAUACUGUCGAACGUAGAUGAUAUUUUGGCAGCAACAGCUGCUGCUUGUGGUGUAACUCCAACUGAAUUUGCCAAAGUAUCAUCUAAUGAAGAAGACAUUCAGUCAAUUGAAAAUGGAGACAAUUCUAAAUCUCAGUUCCAGGCAAUGGAUGUCAGGCAUGUGACACCUAGCUUCAGCUCCGUGCCAACCGUUGUUGGAAAGCCACUGGGCAUAAAUAAUAUUUCUUUAAAUGGAGGCCAGGUUACCCUGAGCCUCACAGCAGCGUCUGCAGGGCAGCCGAAAAAUUUGAGCCUCGACCAACAACACAUAGAGACUCAUCAAAGCAUUCCUACAAGACUUGCCACAUCAGAGCUUGAACAGAGGCAGGGACAGGUUUCUGGCCUAGUUAAACAGCAGUCUAGCACCAGUAAUGACUCUGAGGGGAAAAACCUUGACAGUACAUUAAAUGUAAAAGAGGCAGAGCUUGUCUCAAGUGGUAGGACUUUGAACAAAGACAGUGUCAUAUCAAAUAAUAAUUUUAACAUGGAAAGUGACAACACUGUGAUAGGAAACAACGCUAAAAUUCCAUUGCAACCAGUACUAUCUAUGCAACCACCAGGAGAUGAAAAUGGUAGCAAAACUCAAGAGGAGAGGCAAGAUAUAUUGCAAGAGGACCUUCAGAGGCAAAAAGACAAAGGGCAGAGUAAAACUAGAAGCGUCAAUGAAGACGACACAAAUCAGAAGCAAAUGAAGCGAGCUGGGCAAUGCAGAAGGCAGAAUUUGAGAGGAGCUGAUGCCGGCUUGCUGUAUCCCUCCCCUGUUGCUGAAAGCUGCUAUGAAACCUACCAACAUCAUGAGAAAAUGAGGCAGAAAAUCAAAGAAGUGGAGGAAAAACAACCGGAGGUCAAAACAGGAUUCAUUGGCUCUUUUUUAGAUUUCCUGAAGUCUGGGGCCAGGCAACAGUUCUCAGUUCCUGCCAUACGAGUGCCUAAUCGUGUGAGGAGGCCCGUUGCCCCAGUCAUUAGAGCACCUUGCGCACAUCUCCAGUCGAAGCCUUGGAUGGCAGCACCUCCCGUGUCUCUUGAGAACGGUUGUGAAAAUGCAAACAAGAAGGGCAGCGCGGAGCCUAAAAGGAGUUCUGAAGCGUUGCCUUCAUUUUCUUCUGACGAAGAUUCUGUAGGCGCUAACCAGGAUCUUCAAAAAAGCAUCACGUCUGCGUUAUCGACUUUGGAUGACGCUUCUGAGAAAAAGAAGAAAACAGAAAUGGAAACAGCCGUGUCCAGUGCCAUGACCAACACUGUUACAAAGAAGGAAUCUUCUCAGAUAGCUCCUUCUGUGGCAGAUGCUCCAGUGAAAACCUGUUUUGUACAACCUGAAGAGGAGGGUGCUGAUUCAGACCACUUAGCAAAGCCACAGACAACCACUGCAAUAGAAGGAUGUACUGAGGAAGAGGAGAAUGGGGACAGUGGAGGAGAGGGCAUGUACAGAGAACGUGAUGAAUUUGUCGUGAAGAUUGAAGAUAUAGAUGCACUAAAGGUUGCUUUAAAAACAGGAAGAGAACCUCCAGCCAUCUGGAAAGUCCAAAAAGCGUUAUUGCAAAAGUUUGUUCCUGAAAUAAGAGAUGGACAGAGGGAAUUUGCAGCUACUAACAGUUAUCUUGGGUAUUUUGGGGAUGCAAAAUCAAAGUAUAAACGGGUGUACGUGAAGGUCUUAGAAAAUACAAACAAAAAAGAAUAUGUCAGAGUAUGUUCCAAGAGGCCAAGAAAUAAACCUUUGCAGUCUCCAAGGCCUGUUCAUUGUAAGCCGAGUCCUGGCAUCAGCAAAGUUCCAGAUCCUGCAGCACCAAAACCAGCAACGGUCACAACAAAAGUCUCUUCACUGAAACCCAAAGCUAAGCAGCCAAAGACCAAGGCUGAACCACCACCAAAGAAACGGAAAACAUGGAAAGAAGAAUUCCCCACUUCUCCUCAACGCCAGAGUGAGGAGGAGGACGCUGAACCUCCAACUCCCUUUGUCGCUCGCUUUUUGAACACCAGAGCUAUGAAGGAAACAUUUAGAAGUUAUAUGGAACUACUUGUUAGCGUCGCUCUGGACCCAGAUACAAUGCAAGCAUUGGAGAAGAGUAAUGAUGAGCUACUUUUGCCUCACAUGAGAAAAAUUGACGGUAUGUUGAAUGAAAAUAGAAAAAGGCUGCUCUCCAAAUUACGCUUGGAGCGCUCUUUCAAGGCUGCUUUGGAAAGCUUUCCUGAACUAACAGUAAUCAAUCGUGAUUCUAAAACUAAAAGUGGGGUGAGCGGAGUUUCAAGAAUCAAGAUGAAUGGGAAAGCUUACAACAAGAAAACACUGAAGAUUUCUAAAGCAACCACUAAAUUAGCACAGGAGUUUGCUGUAGAUCCAGAAAAAAUACCAUUGUGUUCUUUGUAUCACUCACUCCAUCACUACAAAUACCAUAUGUUUCUGAGAUGCAAAGUAGAGAUUUCUUCUGCUCAAAAAAAGAAUGCAGAUCUAGGCCAGGAGGAGAUUGUACAGUACUGCAUGAAAAAUGUGAAAUGGGUAGAAGAACUCUUUGAGAAGUUUGGUGAACUUCUGAGUCAUGUACAGCAGAAAUGUUCCUAACAAACUGUCCCAAAUCUCAUGU